AUGUCACAAGAUACUCUAGUGCCUAUUGAACAUCAUGGUCCAUCUAUUGCUGUGAAAUUUUGGGAUGAUGACCUUUUAUUUGUUGGUCAUGGUCCAAUAUUGAAAAUUUAUAACUAUAAAACAUCAGAAAUAGUGAAAACUAUUCGUAUCUUUAAAAAAAAUAAGAUCCAUGGUAUCGCAUUUGAUAGAGAUACAUUUUUAUUCUAUGGUGCUAGAUCAUUUAAUAUGUUAUCUUUUGAUCAAAUUAUGGAACAACAGAAUAUUGUUGAUAAUGAACAAAUGAUUAAUGAUUGGAUUAUAACUGCAGAAUUUAGUGCUAAUGGAUUAGAAGCUUUUAUUCUUACAGCUCAUAAUGUCAUCUUGAGUAUUGAUUCAUAUUCUCAAACUUUACAAUGGGAAAAAUCAGUUUAUGGAGAAAAAUCCAUUUUAUAUUCUGGUUCAAUUAGAGUUGUUUCAAAACAAGAUGUUUAUAUCAAUGCUGGUACAGUUAUGGGUGGUGUUGUUAUUUGGAAUCUUUACAAAGAGGAAAUUGUUCAUACUUUAUUGGGCCAUGAGGGGUCUAUUUUCAAUGUUCAAAUGAGUCCUUCUGCCAAAUAUAUAGUUAGUUGUUCAGAUGAUAGAUCAAUUAAAUUAUGGGAUCAUAAAACUGGUGAUUUAUUAUCAACUGCUUGGGGUCAUACUGCACGUAUAUGGAAUUUAAAAUUUUAUGAUGAUGAAAAAUCUGUCAUUAGUGUUUCUGAAGAUUUAACUUCAAGAACUUGGAAUAUAACUGAAAAUCAAGAAUUAUUACCAUAUGAAACAUAUCAAUUACAUUCCGGUAGACAUAUUUGGGGCCUUGACGUUAGUGACAAAGUUAAAUUAGCUGCUACUGGUGGUAAUGAUGGUCGUAUUAGGCUCUUUUCAGUUAAAACAGGAGAAACUGAAUCUUAUAGAAAAACUUUUACUUUAGAAGAUAUUACAAAUUCAGCACCUGAUUAUAUUAUAAAGAAGAAUGAAAUUGUUAAAGGUUUUUGGAAAUUAAAGUUUGGUCUUGUUAUAAUAACAUCUGAAGGUGGUAUAUUCAUUUAUAAAGAUCAAAAAUGGGAACUACUUAGAAUUGAAAAUAAAUUUAAUAAUUUCUCAUUAACUAAUGGAUUCACUGAUGAUAAUAUAAUCAUUUUCACAAAUACUAAAGGUGAUUCUUUAUUUUUAAAGUUUGAUGAAGAAGGAAAAAUUAUCAAUGAAAAAUGGAUAAAUACAGAAGUUACCAAAAUUGUUAAUGCAUUAAGUACCAAAGAUGGAUCAAAUUUUUAUUUAAUGAUUGAAUCACCAAAUAAAAACGAAAAAUUAGUUGUUUAUGAAUUUGAUCAAAAUUUUGAAAUUUCAAGAACUGUUUUUUUGGAAAAAGGUCCUACAUUUGUCACCACAUGUUUUGAAGUAAAUGGUGAUUUCAUCUUUGCUGGGUUUAGAUUAAGUUCAUUAGGUAUUUAUAGUCUUUCAACUGGUGAAGAAACUAAAUUUAUCAAAAAAUUAUCUAUAAGUGAUACUGUGACAUCUAUCAAGAGUAUUAAAUCUGAUGAUAAAAAGACAUUAUUAAUCAUUUCAAAUAGAGAUGGAUAUUAUGUUUAUAUCAAAUUUGAUAAAGCUACAAGUGAAUGUGAAUUCAUUCAUUCAAAUAAUACAAGAAGAGGAUUUUUAGAAGGUUCAUAUAAUAUUAAUGAUGAAUUAAUUUUAUUUGGAUUUAAAUCAAGUUUUUUCUAUAUUUAUAAUGAAUCUAGAGAUUAUGAAAUUGCAUAUGAAAACUGUGGUGGUGCUCAUAGACAAUGGAAAUUAUUUUAUUCAAAUGAAUCUUAUGAAUUUGUUUAUACAAGAAGUGGUUCACUUACAAUUAGAGAGAUUCCAAAGGCUAAAUUUGAUUAUUAUUUAAGUGAAGGUACUCAUGGUAGAGAAAUUAGAGAUAUUUCCAUAAGAAAUGAUUCUUCAAAAAUUGAUGAUUUAUUAUAUAUCACAGGUGCUGAAGAUACAACAUUAAAAUUGUCAUCAUUAAAUAGUACAAAUGGACAAAUUAAAAAUCAUUGGACUUUAAGAAAACAUACAUCUGGUUUACAAAAAGUUAAAUUUUUAAGAAAUGAUUUAAUCGCUUCAUCAUCUGCAAGAGAAGAAUUUUUCAUUUGGAAAAUUGAUGAAUCUUUUAAUACCCCUUUUAUUAUUCCUUAUGCAUCAUUAAAUCCAUCAUCUGAUAAUCCAGAUUUAAGAAUUAUGGAUUUUGAUCAUCUUGAAGUUUAUGAUGAAUCAGGAAAAUUACAAGGUUUAUUCUUGGUUAAUGUUUAUUCUGAUUCAAGUAUUAAAGGAUGGUAUUUUGACCCUGAAACUGGAAACUUCACUCAAUUAAUCAAUGGAUUUUAUAAGACAUGUUGUUUGUUUGAUGUGAAGUUAAAUAUUGUUGAUAAUAAUGUAUACCUUUUAACUGGUGCUACUGAUGGUUAUUUAACAUUAUGGGAUAUAACAAAUGAAUUUUCAUUGAAAGUUCAAAACAAUAAAUUACAAAUGGUCACUGAAUUGAAAUCAAAUAAAAUUUCAAGUCCAAUUUCAACAAUUUGUGUUCAUCAAAAUGGUAUUAAAUCAUUUGAAACUCAACUUAAUAAUAAUGAAAUUUUAGUAGCCACUGGUGGUGAUGAUAAUGCAUUAGCCAUCACAUCUUUCAAAAUCAAUAAUUCCGGAGUGGAAGCUAAAAUAUAUUCCAAAAUUGAAGAUGCUGCAUCAUCAACCAUUACUUCAUUAAAUAUCUUGCCAAAUGAUCGUGUAUUAGUUGCAUCUGUUGAUCAAAUUUUCAGAAUUUGGAGUUUUAAAACUGGUGAAUUGAAAUUAAUAGAUUCAAAGAGUACCACUAUUGCUGAUACAGGAUCAUUAGAUUCAAUAAGUUUAGAAGGUAAAGAUAUUGCAUUAGUUGGGGGUGUUGGUUUAUCAGCUUGGGAAAUUAAAAAUUAG